AUGAUUUCACUCCAACUGGCCGCAUUAUUUGGGCGCCGUCUGGUGCCAUGGACGGUCGAGCUGGAAAGAGGCCUCUUUCAGCCGAGCAUCGAAGUGGCAGAGGAGGUUGCCAGACCGAUCGAGUCGGACUGCAGAAUCGGGCCUCUCGGACCGCGAGGCGGCGCGAGAACGGAGGCGCAGGAAGAGGAAGGAGACAGGUUGGAGAGUCUCGGUCAACACCGUCUUUUGGGGGUCGAGCCGAGCGUCCAGCCUCCUCGAAGGGCUUUCGAGGGUAUGCAACCGGAAGUGCCACUUCUCGCGGCGACCAACUCUAGCAGCAUGUUGCUGUGGCGCAGGUUCCAGAUCAUGAGGAUGGCUGCAAGCACUACACGUCCUGAGAUGGAAUGUACAUUCUAUCAUCUUCCACAUCAUGUUUAUGAAUUGGGCACGAACGGAUGUCCAAUCGAAACACUCUUCAUUAUCAAGUACAGGCAACAUGCUCGGCCUUUAAUUGAUAUGACGGACCAGUUGGGUCAGUAA